AUGGCCUCCAGUAGUCUUACAUGCAUUUCUUCCAUCUUGGAUGAUAUGCAGUUGCUGGAGAACAAAUGUCCAGACUAUACAGAUCAUGAUUUCGCAAGCCUGAAAGGGGGGCUAAGAAUUUUGAGACCAUUCCUCAUGAGUGCGAGAAAGUGGGGCAACAAUGAUGACGAAAAUCUAGCAGCUCUUCUAUUAGGCACUGAAGCUGCCAUUUCCAAAACUGGAGAGAAGAUCCAUUCAUUUUGUCUUCGUUUGGAACUGGAAGGUCGAGUUUCUGCCAACGAUCUGCGGACUCUGGUCUUUGAUUGUAUGGCAGACUUUCCUUCCGAUGAAGAUAUAAAGGGGUGGUACUUCGUUUUCUCAUAUCGCUCGUUAAAGCAGUCUAGUAACAAUUCACUGAUGAAAACAGAAGACCUUAUCGAAUUCAUGGAUUAUCUUCUGGAGAGUUUUAGGGACGAUCAUUAUGAUAUAGGUGUUCUGUUUGAAGCUGUAGAAGGACCAACCGAAGGCCUUGAAGAGAAGCUGGCGUUCUUGAAGAACUUCAUCAGUUUCGUUGCACUGCACGGGAUUAAAGAUGAGCAAUUGGGACCUUUAUUGGCUCACACUGAACUUAUCGCUGUCAAUGCAGCAUGCCUCAGUUACUGGUCGUGCUUUGGCGCAGAUGAUGAACUGUACUUAUCAAUUAGGGAUGCUACGAUGGAAGGGCUGCAGAAGAUCAUUCCUGUGGAAUCCCAUGUCCAUGAGACCUGUGUCCAGGCUCUGAUUGCUUCAAAGUUAUCAGCACGAUCAUAUGUGGAAGCAGAUGAGCAGAUAUUGCGGGAGAUCAUUGAUUCUCUCCUAUGUAAUAUUUGGUGGAUGCUCAAGUCUGGUACUUGUCGUAUGAUCUCUAUUAAGGAUCAACUGCAAAUGCUUUGUGAUGGACUAAGAUCUCUAAGAACCAUUUUGAAGGAGAAGGAGAAGCCCAACAAGUUUAAUGAGAAAAUGAGAGAUCUUACUGGACUCGUGAUCUGCGAUGCGGGACUUGUUUUUUUAACUCUUUCUCUGAAUGCAAUCAAUGAUGGAUGGGUCAAGGAAAUGGAUCUUGUGCCUUUAGAUCUGCUGGAAAGGAUUAAGCUCAUAAAGGCAACAAUUGCAGAGGAAUGUCCAGGAACAUCACCAUUCAACUUUCCCAAAACUAAUGAGUUGGGCUUUGUUGAUUCUCUUCUAAAGUAUAUGAUGGAUCUGAAAAGUCCUGAGGCUGGCACAGCUGCUCUUGUAAAUCAUAGAGUUCAAACAGUCCAGGAAGAGCUUGCCUUCUUUCCCUCUUUCUUGGGGAAAAUUGUGGAUUUGUGCAAUGAAGAUGAGGAGCUCCAAUCACUUUGGGAUCGCGUGGUGUACUUGGCAUACAGGGUGGAGUUUCUCGUGGAUUCCUUACUAGUUGGGGAUAUUGUAGAUUCUUCUUCAAUUUCAUUUGAUUCCAUUGUAGAAGAAAUUAAGAUCAUCAAAUCUGAGGCCUUGAAGAUUUCUGAUAGCAAAAGACUUGAUGUCAAGGUUAAGGAAGUUACCAAGACACUCAAUCACCAGCCGUCACCGGUAUUUAAGCCAACAAUCAAUGACUUGGUGGUAGGAAUCGAGGAUGAGGCGGCAUCUAUAAUCAAUCGACUCAGAAGAGGAUCAAACCAGGUGCAAAUUGUUCCAAUUGUAGGUAUGCCAGGACUUGGUAAGACCACUUUGGCUAAAAAGGUUUACAAUGAUUCGAAUGUGAUGUCUCAUUUUCACGUGCGUGCUUGGUGUACUGUUUCCCAAGAUUAUCACAACAAACAUAUGUUGCUUCAAAUUUUGACUUCUCUAGAUUCCAAGCUUCCUGACAAAUAUUUUGAGAUGAGCGAAGAAGAUCUGGCAUUAGAAGUCAAAAAACGGUUGCAGAAGAAUAGAUACCUCAUUAUUUUGGAUGAUAUAUGGGAGACUGAAGCAUGGAACGGAUUGCAAGCCACAUUCCCUGAUAAUGGAGAUGGAAGUAGAGUUAUCUUCACAAGUCGAUAUCAUGAUAUUGCUCCACAAGAUAAACUUGACAAAGAACCUCACCGUCUUCGUCCACUCACUCAUGAUGAGAGUUGGGAUUUGCUGACAAAAGAGUUAUUUCCUGGAAAUUUGCCACCUCCAGAAUUAUGUGAACUUCAAAUGCAGAUCGUGGAAAUUUGUCAAGGGCUACCACUUACAAUUAUCAUUCUUGCUGGAAUUCUUAAAAAUGUGGACAGACAAGGUUGGAAAGAAGUUGUAGAAAGUUUAAGUUCGAGCGUUGUUUCUAGUACAGAGCAAUGCACUGCUACACUAGAGCUGAGUUACAACAACUUAGCAGAUAAUUUGAAGCCAUGCUUCCUGUACUUUGGAGCAUUUCCAGAGGACCAUGAACACAAUCUUGAUAAGUUGAUUUGGUUAUGGGUCGCUGAAGGAUUUGCCCAGAAAAGUCAGUUCAAGAGUGCAGAGGAUGUGGCAGAUGAUUACAUCAUGGAUCUAAUAAGCAGAAGCUUAAUCACGGUUUCUAAAAGAAGAUCCACUGGUGGGAUCAAAACUUGUAGUAUUCACGACCUGUUACAUGAGUUUUGUGUGAGAAGAGCCAGAGAAGAAAAAUUUUUUCAGCGGGUAAGUGGGUAUGAUGAACUGCAGGCAUUCAGUAUGCAACACAACCUACGCCGCCUAUGCAUUCACUCUGAGCCAGAACACUUUUGCAAGUCCAGAUUAUUUGCUCCCACCAUUCGUUCUCUGCUAUUCUUCAGUCAUGAUGAAAGGUACAAAAAAAAGAUGUUCCAUCUAUCAUUGAUUUUUGGCAUCUUUAAACUUGUUAGAGUGUUAGAUUUGAGCCACAUAAGUCUAGGUUCUACUUUACCAAGAGAACUAGAAUUCCUUGUUCAGCUGAGCUAUCUGGCAGUUCUAGGCACCAUGAAGUCCAUUCCAUCAUCCAUAGCCAAUCUAACAAACUUGGAAACUUUCAUUGUGGGAACAUUUUCUCGUAUUGUUUCGCUGCCAGAUACCAUAUGGAAUAUGAAGAAACUACGGCAUUUGCACAUUAGGAGAAGGUAUAGAUAUUAUUCUACUUUUCGGUUGCCCACCAACAAUCUUGACGAUGCUGCAGAGUUAUGCAAUUUGGUUACCUUCUCUGACGCAAUUCUUUCUUCAUGGGAGAACGUGGACAAGAUAUUGAGAAAGCUUCCCAAUAUUCGCAAGCUGAAAUGCAGCAUCGAACUCCUUGAAUCUGAUUAUCCUGCUUCGGGUGCAUCCGACAAGAUUCUAGUACUUGAUUUUCUAAGUCAACUAGAAUCACUCACUUUGAAGGCGAAAGGUUAUGUUCAAUGCCAGUUUGAGUUUCAAUUCUCUUCCACCAUUAAAAAGUUGACUCUGUCGCGCUUUUACUUCCCUUGGAGCAAAAUAUCAGCAAUCGAAAAUCUACCUAAUCUUGAGGUUCUCAAAUUACUUCGCGGAGCAUUUGAGGGGGAAGAAUGGAACAUGGAAGAAGAGGGGUUCCCUAAAGUUAGUUUCUUGAAAUUAGCUUCCCUGGAUAUUGUCAAGUGGACCGCCUUUGAGUGCGAGGAAUGUUUUCCAAGUCUAAGGAAAUUAAUUUUGGAAGACUGUCACUAUUUGGAGGAGAUCCCUCCCUGUUUGGGGAAUUCAAGUCUUGAAAUAAUUGAGGUGUCUGAUUGUCCCUACUCUGCAAGUUUUAUAAAGCCACUUAAGGAGGAACAAAUGGACUUGGGAAAUACUCAUCUGAAGAUCUGCAUUUCAUCCAGAGAAAUGGACGACUAA